CGGCGGGGCGGGCGGAUGAUCGGAGCUGUCCCCUUCAGCCGCCAGGUGGCGUCCUGCUCCCACCGCUCCACCGGCUCCGGUCAUGCGGUUUCCUCGCGCCGCGGCCUGGGUGCUGCUGCCGCCGCUCCAGCGCGCCGGGGUCGCCUUCACGCCGCGGCGAGCGGCAGCUGGGGCCUUGGAGGAGCUGGGAAAUAAAACAGAAGGGAAACAUCAAAAGCAGAUUUGUCAGAUUGUUCUGGAUCACUUUGAGAAGCAGUACACAACAGAACUAGGAGAUACAUGGACACGCAUCAGAGAUGUACUCAUGCACCCAUGGUGCUGGCAGUAUGCUAUUCUGCUGAACAAAUUCAGCCAGUCUGCUGAACUGGAGAGCGCCUUGCGUGUGAAGGGAUACCACCCUGCCUUUCAAGAGAGUCUGCCCUAUCUUCCAUCGUCAUUUCGAUGUUACAUCAGGAGAACUCACGGGAGAUUCCCUGCGCAAAAACACCAGGCUGGUAAACUGAAAGAGUAUUUUCUGCUCAAUGCUGCUUCGCUGUUGCCAGUGUUGGCAUUAGAAGUGAAAGAUGGGGAAGAUGUUUUGGAUCUCUGUGCUGCUCCAGGGGGUAAAUCAGUAGCUGUACUGCAGUGUGCCUAUCCAGGUCAGUUUCACCUUAAUGAAUCUGAUGUUUUGAGGUCAAGAUGGUUGAAACAGACAAUAGAAUCCUUCAUCCCAUAUCCUUUUAUUAACUUAAUAAUGUUCUCUACACUGGAUGGUAGACAGAUUGGAGAUCUUAAGCCUGAAUUGUAUGACAAGGUGCUGGUUGAUGCUCCUUGUUCAAAUGACAGAAGUUGGUUAUUCUCUUCUGAUAUUCAACAAGCUACACUUCGACUAAGACAAAGGAAGGAAUUAUCAUCUCUACAAUUCCAGCUGCUAAGGUCUGCUAUUAGAGCGUUGCGCCCCGGUGGAUCAUUAGUCUAUUCUACGUGCACUCUCUCCAAGGCAGAAAACAGUGAUGUAAUAAAUCUCAUUCUGAACUCCUUCACUAAUGUUACACCUGUAGACAUAAGUGGAAUGGCCAAAGCUGUUUCUUGGGAAUUCGCUUUUCUUGGUGGUAUGCAACAGCAUGAACUUCUGGUUCUUCCAGAAUACGGUAGAGCAUGGGGUCCCAUGUACAUUGCUAAAUUAAAGAAAAUGAAGACCAUCUGAUACCUGUUAGUUUUCACAAGAGAUAUAUGAUAAAUCUAAUACAGUAUGUGUAUAUGAAUGUACUCAAGGCAACUGAAUUUAGGGUAUUGCAGUUCUUUAUCAGCUGCUGCUUCCUAAUGCAGAGGAAACUAGACAACCUUAAUUUAACUUAAAGUACAAGUGUGUCUUCUAAUGCAGAUUCGUGGGCAUCUGUCAAGUCCAUAUGAGGUCAAGAGAGAUUUGUAUUAUUUUCAGGGGGAUGCUUUUAGAGGCCCAAGUGUUGUUUUUUUGCACUGAGAUAGAUUUGUUUCUUUUAAUUUAAUUAUUAAUUUGGGUUUAAUACAGUGUAUUUUAAAAUAAGUUACCUGAAUGUUGUGUGCUUCUGAAGCCAUGGAAAUCCUGCCUUCUCUUUCCAGCACAUCUAGAAAUCUGCUUUCCAGUAAAAACUGAUUUGUAUGCAGAGUGCAUCAGUGAUGAUUGCAAGCACUGACAAAACAGGUUUCAUAUUUGUGAAGUUCUUUACGGGUUAAAAACUGUCUUUUGUUUACAGUCACAGGGUCAGCAGCUGUAUCAAUACCAGCUUUCUGUUGUUGUGUUUUUGGUCUUAUAAAAAAAUGGCCU